UUUGACAGUCAUCGCACAAUAGCCAUACUUCAAAAUGAAAGAUAAAUUUUGAAAUAAAUCAAACCUGAGACUUGAAAUCAAAUAUAGUGAAAAAGAGGCAAAUCGCAAAAUCAUGGCACAGAAUUUGCAAAAAAAGCCGUCAAAGGGUAUCUUAAAAACAUCUCGUAGCGUAGAUGGGCAGGAUGGAAUGCCUUCUACAAGUAAACGACCGAAGGAGCAGAGAUUCGAUGAAAUGAAUAUAAUGGAAACAUUUCAUCCUCCAAAUAAGGAUUAUGGCCAUAUGAAAGUGGAUGAACCUAAAACUCCAUACUCAGAAGCCAUGGAUAGCGAUAUGGAAACUCAUGACGAAUUAGAUGCUAAUAUUUUGGCAGCUAAGUUAGCGGCAAGUAUGAAUAAACCACCUAAAUGUGUAGAAAUGAGCGAUAAUGAAGAAGACGAGCCAGAGGAUGUACGACAGCGAAGAUUAGAAUUCGAAAAGAAGAGAAAAACGCACUACAACGAGUUCCAGGCAUUACAGCUGGCAAGACAGUUAUUGGCACAAGAAGAAGAAGAUGAUGCGGAGAGAGAUCAGGCUACAAGCACCUGACUGCAGUCACUUACCAUUUAUACCGUAAAACUUAUUGCUUCCUGAGCUUAAACUUUAAAUUUGUCUUCUGAACAGCUUGGAAAAUAUACCUUCCAAUUUCAAAGUUAGAUGCUUGAAAUUAGUUCCUAAUUUAUUUAUUGCUUCAGUUACUUUAUUGUGAUGAACAUUAUUUAAGGUAAUUUAGAUAUAUUUAAACUAGUUUUCUCCCUGUUAUCACCUUCAGCAAAGAUUUUUGGUUAUGAAAUGAUAACACAUUUUAAAAUGUAUUUGAAUGGCCAAUAAUAAGGUGCAGAAAGAUAAACUAUAGAAGAUUAGAUUAGCAAUAACUUUAAUGUUUUCUUUUUUGUCUAUUUUUACUUCCUACACAGUACAUAAUAUAUAGCUCAGUUACUUAAGUCUUAGGAUUGUAUCCUAGAACAAAAUUGGAAAACAAGAAACAUAUAUAAACAUCAAACUAAAAUCAUACAAAUGUUGUACAUUUCAGAAAAAAAGUUUUUUUUAGGCUACCUAAGGAAAAUAAUAAUCUUAUUGGUAUAUGUCUUUCUUUAAUCUGUAAUUCUUGUUUCAGGGUUAUUUCAGCGUUUACUAGGUGAAGUGGAAAAUAUUUUAUAUUUUGUUCCUGAUUAGGUUGUUAAAUUAAUAUGUACCUAAACACUUUUUGGGUCAUUAUUUAAAAUAUACUUAGGUUGAAAAUAGCAGUGAGUACUGCACCAUUUUCUUUAAUAUUAUUUAUGUAUAAUUUGUCCUCUUUACUGCUAAAUUGAAAAUCAUCGCACAAUAUAAUUAGGGUUUAUAACUUUUAACACAAGAAAUGGUAAUAAAAAUGUAUUUUUCAAUAAGUAUUUAGCAUCUGUGUGUUUCAUAGAUUAAUAUUGUGCUAUUUUCAUAUUUCAAUUAGGCUUCCAGUAAAUUAGGAUUGUAAAUAAUAAUUACUAUAAUUUGGUUGAGUGGGCACAGGAGGCUAAAAAUGGAAUUUUGCUUUUCAAGCUCUAGUCAUCUGAGUAUAGUAAAUAAAAAACAGAUCAUUCUGUCUUUAUAUGUGCACACUUUUCAUUUAAAUACUGUAGUAGAUCAACAGAAUAUAGUAAUUGUUUAAAAAGUAAUAAGACAUUUUAUUGUUAAUUAGACAGCAAAAAAUUCAUACAUUUAUUGAUGCAGGAAUACUUGCUUGUAAAUCUUGUAGUAACGUCAACUCAGUCCUACUUGUUGAACUAAAAGUAGAUUUUUCUGUAGAAAGUUUAAUUAAAAGUUUUUAUGCUCUUGAAAGUAACCUACAAGUUAAAGCUGUAAGUUCUAUAGGAA